CUGAUUGGUGACCGACAACAAAUCGCAACAUUUCUGGACGACUGUUUGCAGACGAGAAUCAAAAGUCAACACAAUCAACCUUUAGUGAUGCACACUCUACACGUCUUGUAUUAUAUACUUUUUGUAUUCACACUCAAUGGCUCUGGGCAAAGAAUUAUUUCCACAACUUAUGGAAAGCUGGAGGGUAAAACGGUAAAUGUGGAUCAACAUAUGUUCAAGAAUGUCCCAUUCGCGAAACCUCCUCUCGGAAAACUGCGUUUCAGCCUCCCUGAAUGGACAAAUCCUUGGAAAAAUAUCAGGAACGCAACUGAAUACAGUCCAUCAUGUUUUAGUAAUUCUUCGAUGAGAACAGAUUCAAAUUUCUUUCCUAUGAGCGAAGAUUGUUUGUAUUUGAAUGUGUUUACCAAUGAAUAUUGUCUGAAAUCUAAAAAUUGUUCUACUGUGGUUUACUACCACGGAGGCGGCAUAAAUAUGGAUUCGGCUGUUCAAUUCAAUGACACAUUUAUUCUGGAAAGAUAUGUGAAAGAAAAUGUUGUUUUCAUCAUCCCCGCAUACCGAUUGGGUAUAUUUGGCCUAUUAUAUUUUGGAAGUAACAAUCUGGUUCCUCAAAAUCUUGCAAUUCAUGAUUGUGAGCUUGCUCUCCGAUUUAUCCAUCAAGAGAUCUCCAAUUUUGGCGGCCAUAAGGAUGACAUUAAUUUAAUGGGACACUCGGCUGGUGCCCAUAUUUCUUUGAUUUUUGGAUUCAGUAGACAUAUCGAUCCUGAUCACAAACUUAUCAAUAGAAUCAUUGUUCUGAGCCCCGUUCCAUCGUAUGACAUGCCCGAACUGCUUAUCAAAAACUGUUACGAUUUUGCGGAGAGAGUCGGCUGCUACAAACGAAAUGUGACCGCUAGAGACACUGAAAUUGUGAAGUGUUUGCGAAAAAAAGACGCUCGUGGGUUGAUGUCUAUGCAGCGACUUAUGGAAAAUGAUCGCUUGUACUUUUGGAAUUUUUUAGCGGGAGAACCGUUUAUGUAUCGUGAUGAAAGCAUUGCAGAUUUUAAGGAGUAUGCAGUGAAAAGAGAUAUGUUAAUUGGAAACACAGUCGACGAGGUGAAAUGGAAAAGACUGAAGAAAGAAAAUCCGGCGAUUGCAGGUAGUUUUAUGGAUUGGGAAAAUCCAUAUGAAGUUGCUCACAAGUUCAACUUUUACCACGAUAGUGCUCCAGUGAACUCAACCUAUGAAUCAUUCACACAGGGAAUAUUUGUGUCGACUGCGACGUACGCCGAAGCCCAAGCAAAUGCUGGCGGUACUGUGUAUCUCUUUCAAUCAAACCAACAACCAUCUUCUCAUGUGUCGGAUAUGCAGUAUUUUGUCGGAACUCACAGAGAGGACUAUCACACAUCUGACAUGGACAUCAUGGAUACGUUUUAUUCAAAAAUGAUAGUGAAUUUUACAAAGUUUGGGAGUCCGUCACCGGUGUGGGAACCACUGGUGCCUUCAAGAAUGAACUACUACGCCUUGGAGGUCAACACUGAAAAAGGAAUCUGGCCGAGAAUGGAAGAAGAUUUUCAUGAAUCAGAUGUCAACUUUUGGUUCAUCAACAUGACGGCGUUUGACAGAGAAGUGACGAGACAGAAGAAAACAUCGAACGGGACCAGUUUGACGUGGAGCCCUAUGCAUCCCGGUCCCGUUAUUCUACCAACAAAAACAAAUGAAUCAUCAUCGUUUGACAUAUCCUCGCAAUGGUGGUUUUUCGCAAUUAUUGUCGUGGUAGCCCUUAUUUUAUUCUACCUGAUUUAUGUUUUGAAACGGGCGAUUCUCAAACACAAAGAACCUCAAGAUGAUGACGAGACCACCACGCUUUUUAAAUGAAAUCAGAUAUCUUUGACUUUUUGUUCUUGGUCCAUGUCUUUUUGUUAUCCAUCAGCAUUUGCAUCUUUUUUUCCAAAAAACUCAUAUCAGAAUUACCUUUUCAAAAUAGAAAUUGAAAAAAAUGUUUGCAUUUCAGAUAUAAUUUUCAAUUUUCAGGCAAUAAAGUUUUAAAUAACAAACAA